CUAAAAAAAUUGAAAUGGCCGUAAACAGCGAAAAGAGUCAAACUAUUUUGUAAAUUUUAUGGUGUAUAGAAAAUUCUAAUAUAAACAUUCAGUCAAAAUUUCAUGUCCCUACGGUCAUUUGUUUUAGAGUUACACCAAAAACCAAAAUCGAUUUUCUCGAAAACAGAUUUUGCGUAAAAAUUCCCGUUUUUCCUUAAUUUUUCUUUUGUUUUUCACGUCGCUUGUGAAAACUACUGGGAAAUUUUUACUUUUGACCCCCCAAAGUACAAACUAGAUUCACUUUCCUAUCAGAAAAGUUACUAUUGAAGAAAAUCCAAGCACUUUUACUGCCCUAAAAGGUGAUGACAGACACAAAAAUAAAAAAAAAAAUUAAAAAAAAACACACAUCAUUGUAAAAUCAAUACAUUCAUCGCUUCGCUCAGAAUCUAAAAAAAAACUACGACGAUAAAAAUUCACAAUCUGGACUAUGGUUAAAACUUUUUUUUGGUUUGCCUUAUUUACCAUCACAUAUGAUUUCUGAGGCGUUUAUUGAGAUAAUGGCUACUUGUCCAGAAGAAAAACAAUAUUAUGAUUUUGCUGAUUACAUAUUGGAUAAUUAUAUUGAGACUAAUAAUUUUUCACCAAUGUUGUGGGCAGAAGAGCCCAAUAAAAGUACAAGAACGACGAACGGUGCAGAAAGUUACCAUAGUCAACUUAGGCAUGAAUUCUAUGUUCCACAUCCUACUAUAUUUCAUUCGAUAGAAGUGUUAAAACAACGACAAAUAAUUACUGAAACCAAAUUUCGCCUCAUACGAAACGGCAACGUGAACCGUACACGCAAAGUAUGCAGGGAGAAAGAAAAAUCUAUUUUAAAAUGAUAUGAUUGUUUCAUUAACAACGAAAUUAGCUUGAUUGAUUAUUUAAAAACAUUAGGAUGUAAGUUUAUUUCCAUUUAAUUAUAUAUUGAAUUAUUUUAUAUUAUGAUUUUUAAUUAAUACUAAAUUAUUUUUUAAUAACAACGAAAUUAACACUAAAUUAUUUUUUUAAUUAAUAACAAACAUAUUUGUUUGAUUUUUAACUGUCAAUCAAAUGUGUGCGAUUUUGAACUAUCGACCUUCCAAAUUUCCCUUUUUAACAAUAGAAUAAAUGUGUGCGGUAUUGAACGAUGUAAAAUGUGCGGUUAUGAACGGUAAGUGUGCGGUUUUGAUGACCGCCGAACAGGCCUUUUUUUAUGUCACAGUCUCUUUUGUAGGUAAUAAUAUUUCAUCAAUUUUCAGUAUUUUGUAUCGUUAAGAUUGGGAAAACAUAAACCGAUAUCACGUGACUAACAUAUAAUCAUACUUUUAUAAAAGAAUAUGAUACACUAUUUUUGAACUAAUCGUUUUUUUCUAUCUUACAUUAUACCUAUUGGAUGACGUCGCUUGUGCACCAUCGGCUCUUCGACCCAGUAAAAUAAUGCGACCGGGUACAUCUCUUUUAGGAAAUUCACUAAAUCCUCGAUCACUUAACUCCCGGUUCAAGAGGUUAUGACUGACACGGUCAUAUAUAAGUGUAUAGAACAUUUCGUAAUAUUAUUUCGACAAACGAAUAUGAUGCAGACAGUGCUGGUAGUAACUUCAAGCAGUGGCGUGGUGAACUUCAUUAACUUAUGAGGCACAAUAAUUUAUAUUGGUAAUUAUAAAUACUUAUAUAAAUAAUUACGGAUUUACUUAAAUGGUAACUGACAAUGAUUGGCUUAGUCUUAGUGUGUGCUUAAUAAAUUAUUUACUGUAUGUGAAAUUCCCCCAUAGUCUCCAGGACACCCACCACCCUUUAAGCUGAGGCCUCAAAUAAAGUCCUUCGUCACGCCACUGACUUCAAGACGUGAUCGUGAAAGGCGGUCAUUUGCACAACAUAUGUUUCA